GGGUUGUUGUUGUGCGUCAAAGAAAAAGGCUUCGAGCGAGUCUCUCGAUCAAGAUAAGAACGAAAUAAGCUCCGUCACUGCGUCGAUGUCCUCCUGUGCCGCACGGAGUAACGAUGCUUUGGUUUUAUCCUCCGAUCCGAUUCACCCUGCAAACUUGAUUUGUGAAUUUUGUAGGUUGUUUUACCAGAAUGGUUGGGUUACCGGAACUGGAGGUGGUAUUUCCAUCCGGGAUGACGACAAGAUUUAUUUGGCUCCUAGUGGGGUACAGAAGGAGCGUAUGCUCCCAGAAAACAUAUUUGUGAUGUCAUUCAAAACGCAGGAGUAUAUUAGAAAACCACUAAGCUUGAAGCCUUCCGCAUGUACUCCUCUUUUCAUGGCGGCCUACUCAAAAAGAAACGCAGGUGCAUGUAUUCACACCCAUUCUCAAAACGCGGUGAUGUGUACCUUACUGUUCGAUGAGGUCUUCGAAAUCUCCUCCAUCGAACAAAUCAAAGCUUUGCCAAGAAUAACACGUCCAGGGAAUAUGUGGUAUUCAGAUAAACUAGUGAUCCCAAUCAUUGAGAAUACAGAAAGAGAGGAGGAACUUGAGUCUUCCUUACGAGUGGCAAUUGAGAAAUAUCCUUCAGCCACGGCGGUCUUGGUUAGAAGACACGGGAUUUACGUUUGGGGGGAGACCACUUGGAAGGCGAAAAUCUACAAUGAAGCCAUUGACUACUUGCUGGAGUUAGCCAUCAAAAUGAAACAGAUGGGCAUACCAACAGUCAAGAAAGUAUAAAACGUAAGUAUGUUUAUUUUAUUUAUUGAAUGUAUAUAAGAUGCGGCUUUCUUUGAGCAGAUGGUGAAAACAAGCGUAUCCCGCCAUAAUAAAAAUUCUCAGGAAUAUUGUACAGAUUUUGGAUAUUCAGAGCUGCACAUAACAGUUUAUCUGAAAUCCAGUUAUUUUAGAGGAUUCUUUGUAUCCUUUAAUUCUUCCGCAAAUAUUUUGGUGUAAUCUGUCGAUUUCUCAAUCUCUCCAUCAUAACUUCCAACGCAAAUCACAUCAUCACCUCUUAUCACCACACCCCCGAUGCUCUUCUCUUGAGUGGAUGCUUUUGAUGAGAACGCUCGCUCCGUUGACAUCGUCAGCACAACAUUAGUGUUUUGAUCGUACCCUUCCAGAUUACCGACAAAAAGCCUUCCAUCAGACGUUAGUAUCUUAACCGGAGAACCCACAAACUCUCUUAG